GACAAUGACAAAACACAGCAAGAACAACACCGCGUCCUCGAUCUUCUCGUACGCAGAGUACAAGAAGCUCGACUAUGGCACGAAGCGGCAACGUCUAGGGAACGAGUCCAUGCGUCGCUUCGACGCGUGCGCGCUCUGCCUCCAGCGCGCGCGCGACCCCGUCGCGUGCCACAAGGGCCACCUCUUCUGCAAGGAGUGCGCCCUGACCGACCUCGUGUCGCAGAUGAACGACAUCAAGCGGCAGAAGGUCCGGCUGGAGGCGAUGAAGAAGGAGGCGGAGGAGGAGCGGGAGCGCGCACGGGAGGCGGCGCGCGAGCGGGUUCUGCGCGAGUUCGAGAAGGGCCAGCUUGGGCUCGCUGCGGUCUCUAGCAUAUCGACCUCUUCACGCGCCGACUCGUCAGACGCUCGAGGGUCCAAACGCAAGUUCGACUUCGACGCGAGCGCAGUGGACACGCUCACGCGGGAGGCAGAGGAGGCGGCGCUGCGGCAGAUCGAGCGCGAACAGGCGGAGGCGCUGAAGAGCAAGCUCCCCGACUUCUGGCUGCCCUCGCUCACCCCGACAUAUACCUCGCACGGGCCCCCGACGUCCUUGGCGCAGGUGAAGCUGCAGACGACGUGCCGUGGCGGCAACCCCGCGCAUCCGCUAUCACGGAAGAACCUCAUCCCGGUCAAGUGGACAUACGACACCAGCUCGAACUCCGUAUCCCAGAAGUCCGUGGAGUCCACGCCUGCGACCGACGCGGGAGACCAGUCGGUCGAGCCUAAACCUAGGGCGCUGCGAGACGAGGAGCAGCCACCGAUGUGCCCGUCAUGCAAGAAACAGCUGUCGAACAACACAUUCAUGAAUAUGAUGAAGCCAUGUGGACACGUUACCUGUAAAACGUGCACAGAUGCGCUCGUCAAGCCUGCGAUGCAGUGCAUAUUGUGCGACGUUAAGCUCGGCGAGAAGGACGUGAUCGAGCUCACUCGUGAAGGGACCGGCUUCGCGGCGGGCGGUCUGGCAGAGACGUCCAAGAGGGGAAUCGCCUUCCAAGGGUGAUGUAUACAUAUCGUCGUGGGCCCCCUCUCAUGUAUGUACGUUUGUCUGCUGGAGGUGUAUUCGUGGCUGUGCGGGGUGUACAGGUGCAAGCCAGCAAUGUGUGCGCGUCAACAGUCUACAUAUUGUACAACGUCUUGUCCGUGUCCGUGUCAUACUCCGAGUCUGGUGGGGCGAAAUCGCAUAAUGUCUCGUCU